UAUGGGCCGAUACGCGGGGCAAUAAUGACUUUCCAUCUCUUAUUUUGAGUGCUUUAUCAGAAUUAACUGUUGCCAAAACCUUUGGAAACUCACAUCUCUGAGAGAAGCAAUGGAAGAGAACGAGGCGAACGCAACAGUAACAAACCCAAAGACGACGCAAGAGCUAGCAGUGGAAGGCCAGAAGCAUCUAGAAGAGACGAUACAGUCAGCUUUCCAGAUCCUCUCCUCCAUGAACGACGAGCUCUGUAACCCGCUUCUCUGGCCCACCGAUUCCUCCGCCGCCGGGAACGGACAUUCUUCUCUCCCAAACGGCGUCGUCGUUCAUAGCGAUUCGUCAUCUUCUGAGAACACCAACACCCAAAAUCACGGAGACUCUAGCGGAGCUGGCGGAGCCCUUGAGGAGGCUCGGUUUCGGUACAAGAACUCCGUGACGGCUCUCCGGGCUGUUCUGGCUGCCAUUCCUGAUUCUCACAAGGAAAAAUCUGAAACUUGUUCGCCUGCAGACGAAACUGAAGUUGAGAAGUUGGAAGAGCAAGCCUCCAAUUUGAGAAAGGAGCUUGUGAAGAAAAAUGCAUAUAUCAAGGUUCUUAUAGAUCAGCUACGAGAUCUUAUCACCGACAUAUCAACCUGGCAAAGUCCUUGUUCCGUCUGACUUCAAAAGCACGGUGUGUGUCUUAUAAUGGAUGCUAAAAAUUUCUGGAAUGAUUAUGGUGUUUUAGAAUCUGUGAAGCUUCACAUGGGGGAAAAAUUUCAUAUAAUAUGAGAGAUACAGUACUUUGUUAGUCCUGAUAACUUUGAUAUUAAGAUUUCAGAUUAGCUUGGUUCUUCUUCUAUUGUUAUGUAUUAGAUGUAUCAUGUAUGAAAUCAGCCAUGCUGUUUAACCAUUUAUGGAAAUUGGGCUAGUUUUGCAUCAAGGCUAAUCUACUUACGAGUUAAGAGGCUUAGACAACAAAAAAGUAAGAGAAUGAGAAGAACCACUGUAAAUAAUAGCCGUCCUUUACAAACACUAAACCACAAUAUAUUGCAACUAUGAAGGAGUACAU